AUGCACAGAGAACCAACUGAGCGGGAACAGGUCAAAUGCGACGAAACGCAUCCUGUCUGUCUUAGAUGCGCCAAGAGAAAGUCUGAUUGUACCUACAAACCGAAGUAUCAAUGGUGCGAGGUCGUGACGUCGGGAAGACAAGACAAGCCAGAACAGCAAUUGAGAGAGCAGCAACACGAGCACCUGUCGACUGGGUCGACUACAGAGACGACACUCGACGGAGACUGGUCGCAGCAGGCCAGUCAGGAAGCUCCUGGCUCAUCAGCGCCAGUGCACAGUGAUGAACACAUCGAGGUCUAUGGCGCAGCUCUCGACACAAUGCUUGAUUCCUGGAAUGCCGAAACUUCGUGCGACUGGGAUCUUCCCGAUCCCAUGUCAGUAUGGCAGAUGUCACUGGACUCAUUUACCAUGGAAGUGUCCUCGAGUCGUGAGACCGACCUGAUUGACUUCUACCUUGACAAAGUGGCUCCUCUUUUCUGCUGCUAUGCUGCCAGUGAUAAGAACCCGUUUUACCAUCUCAUCGCGAGGGCAUGGAAUAGCGAGCACAGAUUAACAAAGUAUGCGGCAGUCAUUAAGGCAUCGCAGAGUCUUGCGGCGGUCUUCAUGUCUGCACGCGAGUCCAGUCUGCAGCCAGUAGCCAAGGACCUCCAGAAGCAAGCACAGAGUCAGAUCGAUUAUCUUUCGGCGACUCAGGGAUACGAUGCCAUGACGUUCCUUGCUCUGCAUUUACUAGGAGCUAGUGCCAUGUAUUCUCAAGAUGUGGCUUAUUGGCAAGUCGUGGCAGCAAAGCUACAGAACAUCCUAAGUCUUAAUGCACUCGGGAGUGAGAAUCAGACCACAAACAUCAGACUACAUGAGCGCGAGCGACAAUUCUUCUGGGGCCUCCACAUGUAUAAUCAUCUGCACACUACGUUUGUGGAGAAUCAUCUCGCGUUGCCAUCGAUUCAGAUACCAGAAAGAUAUAUUGAGGACAUGGCAAGCAUGCGCCGUUACCCGCAUCCAUACACAGGGGGUUUCUAG